GAGUCCCCGGACCGCCACCGUGGUCGCCAGCUUGCCUGCGCGCGCCGGUCUCGGGGCUGCCCGGAGGCCGCGGCCGGGCAGCUGUUGCGCCGAGAGGGGGCAGCUGCGGAGUUCCAUAACCAUAGCAACCGCAUCAGCACCGCCGCGGCGGCGGCGCGGCGAGGGCAGCAGCCUCUCGCUCCUCCUCCAGGCAGCCUCGCCGAGGGGACCUGAGACCCAGCUCGCAGGUACCGCGGGCUCCUCAGUCCGCCCACCGCCGCAGCAAGUGUUGGCUGCUGGACAAGGAGAAACGGGGAGGCGAGGGACCCGGGAGCCUGGCCCCAGGAGGUGAGAGAGGGGAGCCCUGCAGCGGGAGACAGGAGCAGAACCUUAGUGGUAUAUCAUGGUGGCUGAACACAGCUCUGGAGUUCCAGCACUGUCCUUUCCUACUGUUGUACCUGGCACAAGUCAUUUCUUCUCCUAGUGCCUUGGUUUCCUCAUCUUCAAUAAACAGCAGCUACCUCUUCGGGUGGAGGUAAUGAACCAAAAGGAUCAUGUCUGAAGUACAAGGAACGGUGGAGUUUUCUGUAGAGCUACAUAAGUUUUAUAAUGUGGAUCUUUUUCAGAGAGGGUAUUACCAGAUCCGAGUGACCUUGAAGGUGUCCUCAAGGAUCCCUCACAGACUGAGUGCCUCCAUCGCCGGGCAGACAGGUGAGCAGAAGAACAGCAGCUGGGCGCCUGCUCCCGAUGAGAGCAGCAGCCUGCGUUCAGCCUGCGUCCACGACAGCACCUUGCAUAGCCGAGUCUUUCAGAUCUUGUAUCGGAAUGAAGAGGUGCCCAUAAACGAUGCUGUGAUCUUCCAAGCUCAUUUACUCUUGGAUGGUGAAAGGGUGGAAGAUGCACUGAGUGAAGUCGAUUUUCAACUCAAGGUGGACCUGCACUUUACAGAGAGUGAACAGCAGUUGAGGGACGUGGCCGGGGCACCCGUGAUCAGCAGCCGCACGCUUGGCCUACACUUCCACCCACGGAAGGGUCUGCACCACCAAGUGCCAGUCAUGUUCGACUAUUUCCACCUGUCUGUGAUCUCCGUGACCAUCCAUGCUGCACUGGUGGCACUGCGGCAGCCCCUGAUCAGUUUUACUCGUCCGGGAAGAGGCUCCUGGCUUAGUAGAGGUGGCCCAGACAUGGGGCAAGAACAGUCCAUCAUUUCUCUGGAAAACCUGGUCUUUGGAGCUGGAUACUGCAAACCGACUUCCUCAGAGGGAAGCUUCUACGUGCCCUCGGAGAACUGCAUGCAGCACGCACACAAGUGGCACCGAGACCUGUGCCUGCUGCUUCUGCGCGCCUACCGGGGACUCCGCCUCUACUUCCUGCUGAUCAUGAGGGAUGUUCCUGAGCUGCCACACAUGGAGCUGGAGGCCCUUGCUGUUGAAGAAACACUUUCUCAGCUGUGCUCAGAGCUACAGAUGUUGAACAAUCCAGAGAAGAUAGCAGAGCAGAUAAGUAAGGACCUCGCCUGGCUGGCUGCCCACCUGAUGGCUCUGUGGACCCAAUUCCUGGACACGGUGACUCUGCACUCCCAUGUGACCACUUACCUCACCCAGGAACAUCACACCCUGCGGGUUCGAAGGUUUUCUGAGGCUUUCUUUUAUAUGGAGCACCAAAAACUUGCAGUUCUGACUUUUCAGGAAAAUCUGACGCAGAGCCAUAGCCAGCUGUCUCUGGACAUCCGGAAUUCCGAGUACCUCACCAGCAUGCCCCCGCUGCCAGCCGAGUGCUUGGACAUCGACGGCGACUGGAGCACCCUGCCUGUUAUCUUCGAGGACAGAUACGUGGACUGCCCGGGCACAGGGCAUAAUUUGAGUGUUUACCCUAAUUUUGAUAUUUCAGCGACAAGUCCCACAAUACAGAAUCUAAAAAAGAAAGAAGAGAACCAUAUUGUAAAUAGAAACGUACCUUUUAGGGACAACCUUGUCUUGUCUACUGUGAAACCAGCCCAAAUGGACUCUCAUGAAGAGGUUAUUAGGCAUCCAGAGCCAGAUGAGAAUGUAACUACACAAAAUCAUGUGGAUGUGCGCUCUGAAUCUCAGGUGUAUCUGACAAUUGGUGAAUUUCAGGACAAAGCAGGUACGCACGAACUUGAAUCUGGGGCUGGCCAGAGAGCUGAUGUUGGAACAUGUCCACUGGCAGAUGCAAACAUGUCCAGAAGGAGUCCAGGCCCAGAGGAUGGACAAGCCCCAGCACUGACCUACAUUGAUGUAAAAUCUAGCAAUAAGAACCCCCACAGAGCUGAACCCAUGGUGGUCGUCAGUGCUCAGCAUGAGAGUAGGAGCUCUAGGGACAAGUGUGGAUCAGACAGGACUGGGUUAAGCAAAGUGGUGGCAGGUGAAAAUCACCAAAAUGCCAUCUCUUCAGAAAAAACAGUUCUCCGUGAAUUAAGCACUCUGGGAAAGGGAGCUGAACAGGAGACUAAGAUGGUGCUGCUACGUCUAAAGCCCAUCGCCUCUGAGCCCUGUGGCCCACCAAACUCUACUUUGAGGGAGCCCUUGGAUAGCAGGUCUUCCCUAAAGGACCCUCACACAGAAGAGCAGGAGGAACUGUCAGUGCUCUCUGGGGUCAUCAAGAGGUCUUCUUCCACCAUCUCUGAUUCAGGCAUUGAGAGUGAGCCGAGCUCCGUCGCUUGGUCUGAGGCCCGAAGCAGGGCCCUGGAGUUGCCCAGCGAUCGGGAAGUCUUGCACCCAUUUGUUCGAAGACACACCCUGCACAGGAACUCCUUAGAGGGUGGACACACUGAAAGCAAUGUGAGUUUGCCAAGCGGCAUCCAGGCUUCUCUCACCUCCAUUAGCUCUUUGCCCUUUGAGGAGGAAGAGCGGGAGUUGGCGCUUACCAAGUUAACCAAGUCUGUAUCUGCACCCCAGAUCAGUAGUCCAGAGGAAGCUGCUAAUGGCAAAGACAACAUUCAGCAAGGUAGAGGCUUUGCUGAACCUUCAGAUAUGGACCUCAAGAGCAAAGAUUCUCCUGGACACUGUUCUCACCUCUGUCGUGGCUCCAGAAUCGAGGACGCUAGGGUAAACCACUCCUUUGUGGAGGUAGAUUUAGAUGCUGACAACCAGCAGGGCCCUGGUUACAUAGACAUUCCCAAAGGUAAAAGGAGUCAGUGUGAUCCUCAAGGACACUGUCAUCCUGAUGGCAGGACUGAGAAUGCUACAAGUGUUGAAACCAAAGGUCUUAAUUUAAAAACAUCACGUAUCAUAGCACUUGAAAACACUAGGACCAGAUCUCUUCACAGAGCACUGGCGGGAGCCCCAAAGGGCAUGCCUACAGACUUCGAUGUGGGUAAACGAGCUCUUUCCAGUGAUGGCAUCUCAGAGGUUGAGGGUAUCUCCCAUCAUAAGGUGCCUGAAAUGAGCUGUACAUCAGCUGUGGAUGCCAUGGAGCUGAGUUCAACAGGCAAGCAAAACAGUUCGCCUCACGUGGUUAAUGACACAGCAUUUAACAGAGCAGUGACUGCUUUCUCUGAAGGUGAACAUAAAGCAGGCACUGUGUGCCCCACUGUGACUCACUCCAUUCACCCCAAAGUUUUGAGAAACCAAGAACCGAAGGCAGGUCCUUCCAUCAUGGGGUCCCCCCUGACCUCUACAGAGACCUUUACUCUGGAGAACCUGAAGGCUGUGGAGGUUGUUAACUUGUCUGUGUCAUGCACUGCCACAUGUCUCCCUUUCUCAUCUGUGCCCAAGGAGACCCCUGCCAGGGCUGGAUUUUCCUCCAAACAGACCUCAUUUCCCAUCACUCAUCAACCUGUGGGUUCCUUUGGGGUUGUUUCUACCCAAUCCAGCAAAUUGGAGGAAGAAGCCAGUGAAAGGAUGUUUAGUGUAUUCUCCAGUUUUUAUCAGGCCAAAGAAAAAUUUAAAAAAGAACUGAAGAUUGAAGGAUUUCUGUACAGUGACUUAUCUGUACUAGCUUCUGAUAUACCAUAUUUCCCACCAGAGGAAGAGGAAGAAAAUUUGGAAGAUGGGAUUCACCUGGUUGUCUGUGUCCAUGGCCUGGAUGGGAACAGUGCAGACCUCCGGCUGGUGAAGACUUUCAUAGAACUGGGGCUCCCUGGAGGAAAACUGGACUUCCUAAUGUCUGAAAAGAAUCAGAUGGACACAUUUGCAGAUUUUGAUACCAUGACGGACCGGUUAUUGGAUGAAAUCAUUCAACACAUUCAGUUGUACAACCUCUCCAUAUCCCGAAUUAGCUUCAUUGGCCAUUCCCUUGGCAACAUCAUCAUUAGGUCGGUUCUUACACGGCCCCGGUUCCGGUAUUACCUCAACAAACUCCACACGUUCCUGUCACUGUCUGGGCCUCACCUGGGGACCCUGUACAACAACAGUGCUCUGGUUAGUACAGGCUUGUGGCUAAUGCAGAAAUUGAAGAAAUCUGGGUCUCUACUGCAGCUGACCUUCAGGGACAACGCUGAUUUGCGCAAAUGUUUCCUCUAUCAACUAAGCCAAAAAACAGGGCUGCAGUAUUUUAAAAAUGUCGUGCUGGUUGCUUCUCCGCAAGACCGCUAUGUGCCAUUUCAUUCAGCCAGGAUCGAAAUGUGUAAAACUGCCCUCAAAGACAGACACACAGGGCCAGUUUAUGCGGAAAUGAUCAACAACCUUCUGGGUCCCCUAGUUGAAGCUAAGGACUGCACUUUAAUCCGACACAACGUGUUCCAUGCGCUGCCCAACACUGCCAAUACCCUGAUCGGCCGUGCAGCUCACAUUGCUGUGCUGGAUUCAGAACUCUUCCUAGAGAAGUUUUUCUUGGUGGCGGGACUCAACUAUUUCAAGUAGUGGCUUUGUGGGAGCAGGCCUUGGGUAACUCACCGGAAGUGUUUAAGAUUGAUCCAGAGCUUUAGCUGAGACGUGCUUUUAUAGACCUCGUCAUUUCAAGGUGAAGCUCCGAGAGAACGGUGGUGAGGGGUGGAGGCUGGGUGGAACCGAACAUUAGAGGUGCUUUUGGAGAUUUGGGAAAGCCCAACAAAGAGAUAAAUGACAACAGACUUUGCUUGAAUUUGUCUAGCCAUCUGGAGUAUCAUUCAAGAUGCUUUCUAGGAAAAAUAAGAGACAAAAAAAGAGACAGAAUACUUGGAGUUGGUGAGCCCGCCCUUUUAACUACCACUGGCUCACUGAGUUUAACUAGAUUUGUAUAGUAUGUCACUAGCUCAUAGCUUUAUCAUUUUUGAUUAAAUCAAGUGCACACAAGCAUUUCAGAACUCAGGUUAACCUCUGCGCAGAAGUGGAACAUAUUUAGAACCCUUAAUAGAUUCAAAUGUGCCAUUUGUUUAAGAAAAUGUGAUGCCCAUGUUCAUAUUCUCUCUUUAUGUUUUCAAAACAAGAGACAAAGGAAUGCAUUAUAAAUCCCAGUUGCAUUUCAUAACAGCAGCGAGUGGGGUGACUUAAGGUAAGAAGGGAUAAAAGUGACACUAUUGGUAAAUACACAUUUGCUACAAACACACACAUCUCUAGGGGACAUAUAGUUGCUCCACCUAGUUCCCCAGACUUCGUCUAUGCAUAGCCCUGCUCCACAAAUCAUGUUUGUGAUUGCUUACGUCUCUGUCUGUGGUGGGGAACACUGAGUGAGACUGAACCUAGCAGAAGGGGUCACUGGGAUUAAUUAAUGCACAUGUGUGUGAAGCUCCUGCUGGUACAUCCAAAGAAAUGCUAUGUUAGCAUUUGAUGCAAUUGCAAAAAAUUAAAACCAUUUACAUAGCCCCCUGCUUCUUCUCUCCAUGUAAGGAGAAAGACAUCUAAAAGGGAGGGGUGCUGGAUUAAAACCUCAGGGGAGCUCUAAGAAGGGUGCUGGUUAUCUUUCAAUAGAAAUGUCUUCUUGCCUUAGGAAAAUAAAGGGCUAGGAAAGGUCACCAUUCAUAAAAAUCAGUACACAACAGGGAUAAAAGUGAGAUCAGAUUGGAGAACAACAGCUAGAUCAAAGACUCAAACUGCUAUUGGUAAAUGACUUAAGGGGAAGUUUUGAAAAUUACCAGGAUGUCUAAUAUGGUCCCCCAAACCUAAUACACUCUAAGGGCUAAAGGAAGCCUAAAGAAUCAUUUAGCUGUAUGGAAGGAAAGCAUGAACCUGGGCAGUAGGAAUGAAUAGCAUAGGAGAUAUAUCUUCUGGAGGUGAAAGCUUUUGCUCAUACAAAAUAGUCCCUUCUGUAGUACAGAAGCUCACUUGGAACCAGGUUCCCAGUCCCAGCACCUGGCCCAUGACUCUAGGUCACUGCUGCUGUGGUAACAAAGCCAAGUGAAUAUAGGCUCAUCUGAGAAGUUUCUUGCACAUGAACAAUGUGACUUUGAAAAACAAAUGCAGACUGUGGGAAACAAGACCAGAUAGGCAAUUUAGCAGAUUAGACAUGCAAAUUUCUUAAAAAAAAAGGUUUUUUUUGGGGGGGAUGGCAUUGGGGGAGGGUGGCAUGCAGAGUCUGCAAAUGCAGGCAUCCACAUAGCGGUUUAGGGUUUCUUUAUGAGUCUUUUCUGAAUUCUCAUUAUAUCCUGGUCUUAACACACAUGGUUCGCUAAAUCCUCUGGUCACUUUCCCACUGGGAAUUCUUUUCCGAGUUCCUGAGUCAGUACUGGGCAGGGACCCUGGCUACUCAUGAACAGUGCCACAUUCACUGUAUUACCUGGAAGUUUGUUUCCUAGCCGUGCAGCCUGUGAUGUUGUGUUUUCUGCCCCAGACAAGUGCCCACGCUCAGUGUAGGACUACAGAUUUGUAGCAACUUCUCCUUCUGGCCAAGGGAUGAGCCCUGUCCCUCUGAUGAGUGCAUUUCAUGUUGUGUUUCCAAUGCCCAUCAUUUGUCGUUCCCUGGUCAUUUGAAAGACCAUGUAGCCAGCAGUUAUGGAGCCAGGAUGAAUCUGGUGAUCAUCAUCUUUUCCAAUAACCAGAUGCCAUUUUUAACUUCAAUAUGCUGUCUGGACAUAGUGAGAACUAAUGGCAAUAAAUGUCCAGCUGCAUGGUCCACCUCUUUUUUAUAGGGGUGUUGUGCUGUCUUUGUAAACCCUCUCUGGCCUCUGAGCAUCUAUUAUAAUUGUGUAGAAAGUAAUCUCUAUCUUGUAAAUAAGAGUGUCGAGUGUUGCGUCUCAUGCCUCAUUUGGAAAGGCUUUUUUAUGUCUCUUUCUAUUGAAGUAUAGAUAUCUAAUAUAUAUAUAUAUAUACACACAUAAAUAUAUAAAUAUAUAUAAAUAAUGUAAAACAGCAACAUUCUAUUAUUGAUUAUAAAAAUUAUAGACAAAAUGCCUGCCAAGAUAUUGGUCUAGUAUGUCUUCAUUCACUGUGUAGUUUUUGGGUUUUUUGUUUUGUUUUGUUUUGUUUUUAUGAUUUGUUAAGUUUCCCAAAAACUAGUUAGAAAUAAAAACUACUGAUAUUGUGAUUAA